AUGCAACCACAGCCCUGUGACUGCUCCUUGCAACAAAAAGCGUUUAUUCCCGGCUCUUGUCCUCCCCCUCGGAGAUCAAAAACCCCCAUAGCUCCCCCCUCCAGAAUCUACCACUGUGUAACCCCUGCAGCGCAAAUGUCUCUCAUCUCGCCAACAUUCCGCCUCACUUUCAACAGACGCAAUUCUCUCUCUUCGCACAGUCCAGAUCAUGCGCCUCCAAAUAGCAAAAGCAAAGCAAAGCAACGUCCACGCGCACCCGCGAAAAGCCGAAUGCGAUAA